AUGAAUUUCGAUCUGCCAGCUGAUUUAAAAGCACAUAUCGAAUCUAUAGACUCCUUCAUCAAUUCAUCAAUUCUUCCCCUGCAACACUCUGAUGACAACAAUCGCUUCUUCGACCAUAGAAGGGAGCAUUCUCGAACAGACUGGGAGAAUAAUGGGAACCCACGCCCCGAGUGGGAAAAUUUGCUGAGCCAAGCUCGGAAACUAAGUGACAAAGCAGGCUUUUAUCGUUUUGCGCUUCCCCAGGAGUACGGAGGUAACGAGCACCCAGACAGCAAUGUUUGGAUGUCGGCAAUUCGCUAUCAUCUUUCCUCACAUCCUGUGUAUGGUGGAGGGUUAGGCCUUGCAAAUGACCUUCAAAAUGAGCAUAGUAUCGUGGGUAAUUUUCCCGACGUAUACAUGAUUCACCAUUUUGGUUCUGAAGAGCAACGCCGUACCCUGAUUCCUGCUCGGCUUCGUGGGGAAUUUCGCACGACGUUUGGCUUGACAGAGCCAGAUCACGGAAGCGAUGCGACAUUCAUGUCAACUACAGCCCGUCGCGAGGGUGGUGGAUUCGAAAUCACUGGCAUGAAAAAGUGGCAGACUGGUGCUCAUCAUUGCACGCAUCUGGUUGUUUUCGCUCGAACAUCAGGCACGUCGGGAUCUGCGAAAGGUAUCACUGCCUUUUUGAUUCCACGUCAGACUCCCGGUAUUCGAGUCCUCAGCUACGAAUGGACAAUGAAUAUGCCGACCGAUCAUGCAACAGUUGAGUUGGAUGGUGUCUGGGUGCCGGAGACUACUGUUUUGGGAUCUCUUGAUAACGGACUGGCUAUUGCGCAGACAUUCGUUCAUGAGAACCGUGUCAGACAGGCUGCUAGUGCAUGCGGUGCUGCACGGUUCUGCCUUGAAAAGAGUAUUCUGCGUGCUCGAGAGCGAAAGAUCUGGGGAGAAGGAAGGUCACUCGCGGAUAACCAGGCAAUCCAAUUUCCAGUUGUGGAGCUUAUGACACAGGUUAAAAUGUUGAGACUGUUCAUUCUUAAAACAAGCUGGGAGAUGGAUCGUAUUGUUGCAGCAUCUCGAGAAUCAUCAAGUAAAGUACCGCCGUGGGUUGAGAUUGAGCGGAAAUUGAGCGAUCAAGUGUCGAUGUGUAAUUUUUGGGCCAAUCGGCUAUGCUGCCAGGCUGCAGAUCGAGCAAUCCAAAUUCAUGGCGGGGACGGGUACUCACGCCAUUAUCCCUUUGAGCACAUUUAUCGUCAUUUCCGACGAUAUCGUAUAACUGAAGGAGCGGAGGAGAUACAGAUGCGGAAGAUUGCUGCGUACAUAUUUGGAUUUGCAGGGCCGAAGAAAAAAGCAGAAGAAGAGAUGGCUAAGGCCAAAAUUUGA